AUGCGUCUCUCGCUCGCCUUGUCUCUUCUGCCUCUUGCAGGCUUCGUCGGAGCUCUUCACGUCACCGAGCCCGAGAAGGGUGCCGAUAUCAAGACUUCCAGCUCUCUGGCUGUCAAAUGGACUUUUGUUGACACCGAUGCUAAGAGCUUUGACCUUUACCUCGUCAACAACGCCGUCUAUCCUAGCAUUAACAAGAAGAUUGCUUCCAACGUAGAGACUUCUGAUGGCUCCUACACCAUUGACAGCCUCACUGGCGUCUCGGCAGGACAAGGAUACCAGAUCAACCUCCAGUCUGACGAAUCCAUGAACACCGGUAUCCUCGCCCAGUCCGAACAAUUCAACGUCACCGGCUCCACUCAGAGCUCCUCCACUUCCAGCUCGUCCACUUCCAGCUCGUCCACUUCCAGCUCGUCCACCAGCACUUCCUCGGGCACUACCACCGGUUCUACUACUACCAACACCUUGAUCACCAGCACCACCUCGACCGGGACUUCCACCAACUCUGAGACUACUGGUACUUCUGGUGCUACUGGCGCCCGUUCGUCGUCCGGCGCCUCUGCUAGCGGUACCUCUUCGCAGACUUCUGUUCCUUCUACUGGUGCUGCUGCGGCUCUGGUGGCUCACCCGGUCGCUGUCGCUGGUCUUCUCGCUGGUGCGUUGGCUUUCGGCCUGUAA